GCUUGUUGUUCCUCCUUCCAGCUCAUCUCCGAUCGUUUUGAACGACUGCUUCAGCGCUUCCAGUCCACUUACCCGACACGGCACGAGACGACACGACAGAGACAGAGACACAGACAGACAACAACCACAAAACACAAACACCGUACACGCACCUUCAAGCUUCAGAGCUUCUGCUGUGACAAAAGACACCACCAACCAAAACACCCAACACCCCCACUGCAACAACAACAAAACAGACACGCACUCCUCACACACAGACAACACUCCUCACACACACACACACACACACACACACACACACACACACACAACCACCAUGGACCAGUUGCUGCUGCCGAUGAUCGAGGAUGAUGGCGGCGCGGAGGAGGUGCUGAGCGAGCUCUGGACCAUCCGCGGACCGCCGCUGUACCGCGGGUACCCUGGAAGCGCGGCAGCACUGAAGCAGGAGGCCCGGGAUGUUCUCGCCAACAGUACGUUUCGGAAAAAGUGCAGGCAGAUUGGCGUCGGCGCCACCACCCACCGAUUACGCAUCGUCAGGCAAUCGGGCCUCCCGCCCAUGCGCGUGCUGCCUGCUGCAUGGCUCAAGGCACGGAACGGCGCGUGCCGCAUCCCACGGAGCCACGAGGGCCUCACCGUCGACGCGGAACAGGCCGUGUGCAUCGCCAGCAUCAGCAAGUGUCGCCCCGUCAUUGUCAUGGUGAGCCACCACCAUUUUGGUCCGCACAGCGACAAGCCUGAUGACGAGGACAACUCCAACGCAAAGGCGCUCUUUGAGUUUACGAAAUGGCUCGAGUGGCGAAUCCGCAUCAAAGGCGUCACGGGCGUGCCCAAGAGCAAGCACCCGCUCAUCUUCUUGUGGAUCGACUGGCCCUGUAUCGAUCAAGGACCCGACAUCCCCGAGACAGAGGAGAGCAUGCCGCAGCUCAUGGAAGCACGUGCGCCGUACAUUGAGUCGCUCAGCGUGUACACGGCGUGCUGCCACCUGACGGCGUGCAUCGAGGGCGUGGACACAGACGACCACGACAGCGACCCAUGGUGCCUGGUGCAGCGCAUUGCCGCCUACGUGUACAUCCCGAACGGGCAAAUGCCCUUUAUCGUGCAGACCGGGUUUGUGCAUCAGCAGCAGAUUCCGGCCAAAGGCAGGCGCAGCCUCAUCGACCCACUGGAGCACCUCGACAAUGCAAGCGCGCACGAUGCGCCGUACAUCCAGCACCUCACACAGGCGCUCAUGAGGUCCGCCACCAUUGUCACGCGACCAGAGACAAACAGCGACAACUUAUGCGCGGAGUGCCUUCGCGCGCACCCGACACCGCUUGCCUGGGCGCUGUGCAUGACCCUGUGUCUCGGCGGGAUUUGUGACGUGGGUGUCGCCAACGUGUGCCAGAGCUGCUGCAGCCCCUGCGCGCGGUUCCAGUCGCUUCAGGCGGGAAACGCGUUCCCCGUGCUUGAGCUUCGCGCAGACACGGUGAUGAUGCAGGAGCCGAUGGGCGACGACGGCGACGAGGAUGACCUGGUGGUGAUCAACCUGGCCGGCAGCAGAUUCGGCAGCAGGCACCACCACACCGGCGAGGCGGACGCAUGAAGAGGGGGGGGGGGGGUUAAGGGGUGGCUGAGUUGUGAAUGGGAAAGGUGAGGAAGGCCAGAGGAGAUUUGGGUGCGUAGGGAUGGGUGCGUGCGUGGAAGGGGGGGGGGGG